AUGCCCAUUCCUCCGUGGCAGAAAACGGAAGAGCCGUCCCCGCAGCCCGUCCCUCAGCCACCGGGAAGGAGCGGGCUUGGCUUUUCCUCUGAGAAAUGGCCCGCAGCUGAUGGAAGUGACAUUGGGAGCCUUUAUGUCGCCAUCCCGCUGUGCCACAAUGGGGAUAGAGGGCUGCGAGGAACAGGCACACUGCCGUCAGCAGGCACUGACCCCAGAGAAGCUGCGCUAGCUGCGUUUGACAUGUUUGAUCCAGAGGGCAAAGGGCACAUUAGGAAAGACUGCGAAGUCCUGAAACACCUCCUGAUGACCCAGGCUAACAAAUUCAGUGCUGACUUGAUAGAGCAGGUGUUCUGGUCUUCCGCUACUGAUGCAGCAGGAAACUUGGACUACAAGCCGUGAUGCUACACCAUCACACAUGGAGAAGAAAAGGAGGAGUAA